AUGUUGAAGGAUAUCGAAGAUUUCCUUAGUCCACAAGCAAAAGUCUGGUAUGAGACUCGUGGCAUUCCAUACCGCCGAGGUUAUCUUCUCUAUGGUCCUCCCGGAACCGGAAAAUCGAGUAUGUGCUUUGCAAUUGCAGGACACCUUUGGCUUGAUAUCUACACGGUCAGCUUAAACUCUCAAAAGCUUGAUGAGGAUAGUUUGGUUAGCCUAUUUCAAAGACUGCCAAAACGUUGUAUUAUGCUUCUCGAAGACGUGGAUAGUGCUGGGAUUAGCCAAGAGGGCGGUUGGCGAAGGAAGAAUCCUGAAACUGCUAGCCGAGUGGGAGACUCACACGAACUUGAUCGUGCUGAUAUCUCUCUAUCAGCCCUUUUAAACUGUCUUGAUGGUGUCGCGGCACAGGAGGGCCGUAUUUUGAUCAUGACUACCAAUCAUCUCGAAAAGCUUGAUCCAGCCUUGAUUCGACCUGGUCGGGUAGAUAAGAGAUAUCACUUUGGCUUCGUGGAUAUUGAAAGCGCAAAGGAGCUAUUUCGUAUCUUUUUUGACAAUGGCUCUUCGUUUAUCGGUUGGAAUGGCGUAGAAAGGGACCCAAAAAAUGAGGCGAUAUGGGAGAAUAGCAUAUCAGAGCUCUCUGAGAAAUUCGCAGAUAUUGUUUCCUCCAGUGACCUAACUGCAGUGGAGAUUAAUAACUAUCUGAUGGAUUUUAGAGAUAAGCCUGAGCUGGCUGUUUCGCAUGCCCAUGACUGGCUGAGACGCAGAGGGGAAAUUGUUAUGUCUGCCGCGGUUGCGGAGUGA